AUGCGAUUGAUCGUCGGCUACUCUCAGUUGCAAAACUUACUCAAGGGGCUUGCGGUGAGUUUUGGUAUGAAAGAGUGUACCAUUUCUCGAGGAGAAGGAUUGAUAGCGACCAUACUACAAGCAAACAAUGUGUAUCGUGUGAAGUAUCAAGCACAGACUGUAAGCGUGAUUGACCAUCGAUAA